AUGUUUCGCAACAAUUACGACAACGACUCGGUGACAUUCUCUCCGCAGGGUCGCAUCUUCCAGGUCGAAUACGCACAAGAAGCCGUGAAGCAAGGUUCCGUCGUCGUGGGCAUUGUCAGCAAGACACACGCCGUGCUCGCCGCCCUGAAGCGCAACGCGGAAGAGCUAUCAUCCUACCAGCGCAAGAUCAUCCCAAUCGACACGCACUAUGGAUUGGGCCUCGCCGGCCUUGCAUCUGACGCCCGCGUGCUUUCCAACUUCAUGAAACAGCAGUCGCUCGCCUCGCGCCUCACCUACGACCGACCCAUUCUUCUCUCCGAAAUCACAUCCCGCAUCGGCGACCGUGCGCAGACCAACACUCAACAUUACGGUAAGCGGCCGUAUGGUGUCGGUCUCCUGAUUGCGGGCGUCGAUGCGAAGGGUCCUCAUCUCUUCGAGUUCCAGCCCAGCGGUGUCACACAGGAGAUGGUCGCAUGUGGCAUUGGUGCACGCUCGCAGAUGGCACGCACCUACCUUGAGCGGAAUCUGGAUGAAUUCGAGGGCUCGAGCCGGGAGGAGCUGAUCAAGCACGCAUUGCGGGCGUUGAAGGACAGCUUAAGCCAGGACAAGGAGUUGACCAUCGACAACACAAGCAUAGGCAUCAGUGGCGUGGACGAGAACUUCAAAUUGUACGAAGGACAGGAGAUUGCGAGCUGGUUGGAGACAACGUUUGAGAAUAAGCCAGAGGGCGGCGAAGGUACCGAGAGCAUGGAGGUUGACUCAUGA